AGAUGAAGUGAAGGAACCGUGGGAUCCCGACGGCGACCCAGCCAAACCCCCACGAUUUCAUCUCCUCCAAACCCAACCGCCGCCGCCGCCGCCGGCUCCUCGUCGCCCCGCCAUGCCGCCGCGGAAGCGCCCGCUGGAACCGUCCUCGGGCAUGCCAGCCCAACCGGAUGCCAAGCCCGUCAUUUCUCCGGCCUCCAAAUCCACCUCCGCCCCCGCCCCCGCCCCCGCCUCCGCGCCGGAGAUCCUGCCUGCCUCCAUCCUCAACAACCUCCCGGGGCCGGAGCGGGAGGUCUACAAGCGCAUCUACGAGGCGGGCAACAAGGGAAUGUGGAGCCAGGACAUCCGCUACGCGAUGAAGCUCGCCGCCCCGACCCUCACCAAGCUCACCCGCGCCCUCGUCCAGCGGGGCAUCCUCAAGGAGGUCACGGAUGUCCGCCACCGCGGGAAGAAGGUCUUCAUGGACGCCCGCAUCGAGCCCUCCCCCGAGAUCACCGGCGGAACCUGGUAUCACAACGGCCAGCUCGAUACCGACGCCGUGGCGGCCGUGCGCCGCAGGUGCCUGGACCAGAUUGACAGGCUCGGCGCUGCCACCCCGGACAUGGUCCACAAGGGCGUCGAGAGGGAAGACCCCAGGGCAGGGUACGCUAUCGACCAGAUCAGGGACAUCCUGCAGACCAUGGCGCUUGACAGGGUGCUGGAGGAGUGCAGGAGCACAGGGGAGGGGGAGUUUAGCGCUGUCAGAGCCGGGAGGGUGUGCUACCGGCGGGGUGGCGCGCCGCAGGGCGGCAUGAUAGAAGGGAUUCCAUGUGGGGUUUGUCCCAGGAUCGAUGAGUGCUCGCCGGAUGGGGUCAUCUCGCCAACCACUUGCGUCUACUACAAGAAGUGGCUGCAGAUGGACUUCUAGGCAGGGAGCCCUCUUCAGCAUGUGAAAUGUGCUGGGAUGGGUUGGUGAAUCGUCGUUAGUAUACUUUGUGGGAUUGCCGUACUUCUGAUCAUAUGGUGUUGUUUUUGUGCUCUAGAAUGUGGUAGUCAUGCCAGGUGCAUACCUUAUUUGAGUAUUUAUACUGAUAAUCAGUUACAGAGCUAUUGCGUAUUGUUUGCACUUUGCAUUUACUUUAGAAGUCUGUUCAAUAGCAACAUACCAAAUGCCUAAUGGUACAUAUCUUAAAUGGAUUGAAAAUUUGUCUUGCCAAGUGUUCAGUGCAGCUUCACAAGCAGCUGCAGUACUGCAGCUGAAGCCCCCUAUAACAGUAAAAAUCAUUAUACGCCAUGUCCCAUGGUCGAAUCCUAUAUUAUCUGCAUUGCUCAAUUUAGUCGGGACUGUAAACUUCGACUAACAUUUGGUCAGGUCACAACUUUCAUAAUAUAUGUUAUAUAUUGUGUUAGUCUGCUUAUGGCCAAGGUGUUUGUCCUAGUUGCUCACAUAUGAUGUACAUGUAUUGUGAUCCUCUUUCAGAAAUCUAAUGUUGUGCAUUUAGUGAAGCCUUUUCUGGCUCAGAUUUCCGACACCACACAUUGAUUCUGGAUGGUGUUUGUGGGUGGCACUGCUAACUGGUUUUAGCUUCUGUUGAUUACGCUUCUUGUGUAGUUGUUGGACUGUAAAGCAAUUCAAGUGUUUAUGAUGAUAUGUA